AUGAGGACCGGCGUUCAUGUCGCUCGGUUUCCUGUUCAGCUGCAGUGUGGAGGGCUGAAGGAGCCAGUGUGGCUGGAACUCAGAAAAGGCAAGGUAGUGAUGCAGAAUUGUCGAAGGCAGCAGGACUUUCCCAAAUCUCACAGCAAGAAUGAAGUGAAAAUAGGCCAACAAAGGAAGGAUGAUUUGACCAGGGUGACCUUGCACCUACAGCAAGGGCGUGAGAGGCAGCAGCAGGGAGACAGUCAUACUGGCUUACGUGGGAAUCCAAAGUUCCACAGGCUGCCCCAAGAGGAUUACCAUGGGUUUGAAGCCAGAUUACGCCACAGAGCUGAAGAGCGGGCUGCGGGCGGCUCGGGAGGAACGAGCGGAAGUUCGGCGGCAGCUUGCGCGCCCGGUUCCUCAGGGCCCGGCGUUAUCCGCGAGGCGGCCGUCGGCGAGCGGGUGAUGGCGGCGCGGGGGUCGCGGCGGCGCGCGCUGCGGCUGCUCUUGAUGGUGCAGCUGCUGGCGGGGCGCUGGCGGCCGGCCGGGGCGGCGCGGGGCGCGCGGGGAGGGUUGCCUGAAUUAUCCUCUGCUGCAAAACAUGAAGACAGUUUGUUUAAGGAUUUGUUUGAAGACUAUGAAAAGUGGGUUCGUCCUGUGGAGCACCUGAGUGACAAAAUAAAGAUCAAGUUUGGCCUUGCAAUAUCUCAAUUAGUGGAUGUGGAUGAGAAAAACCAACUAAUGACAACAAACGUCUGGUUGAAACAGGAAUGGAUAGAUGUAAAAUUAAGAUGGAGCCCUGAUGACUAUGGUGGAAUAAAAGUUAUACGUGUCCCUUCAGACUCUCUGUGGAUCCCAGACAUCGUUUUGUUUGACAAUGCAGACGGACGUUUUGAAGGGGCCAGUACGAAAACGGUUGUCAGGUACAAUGGCACGGUCACCUGGACACAGCCAGCAAACUACAAAAGUUCUUGUACUAUAGAUGUUACGUUUUUUCCAUUUGAUCUCCAAAACUGUUCCAUGAAAUUUGGCUCUUGGACGUAUGACGGAUCCCAGGUUGAUAUAAUCCUGGAGGACCAAGAUGUGGACAGAACAGAUUUUUUCGACAAUGGAGAAUGGGAAAUCGUGAGCGCAGCGGGGAGCAAAGGAAACAGGACGGACAGCUGCUGCUGGUACCCUUCCGUCACGUACUCCUUUGUGAUUAAGCGGCUGCCUCUCUUUUACACCUUAUUUCUUAUUAUACCCUGCAUCGGGCUCUCAUUUCUGACUGUGGUGGUCUUCUACCUCCCCUCAAACGAAGGGGAGAAGAUCAGCCUGUGCACCUCAGUGCUCGUCUCUCUCACCGUCUUCCUUCUGGUCAUCGAAGAGAUCAUACCCUCGUCUUCCAAAGUCAUACCUCUGAUCGGAGAAUACUUGGUGUUCACCAUGAUCUUCGUGACACUGUCCAUUAUGGUGACUGUCUUUGCCAUCAACAUCCACCACCGCUCUUCCUCAACACACAAUGCUAUGGCGCCUUGGGUCCGUAAGAUAUUUCUUCACAAGCUUCCCAAGCUGCUUUGCAUGAGAAGUCAUGCAGACAGGUACUUGGCUCAGAGAGAGGAAACUGAGAACGGGAGUGGACCUAAAUCUAGGAACACUUUGGAGGCCGCGCUCGGUUGUAUCCGCUACAUCUCGAGGCACGUCGCGAAGGAGAACGGUGUCCGCGAGGUUGUUGAAGAUUGGAAAUUCAUAGCCCAAGUUCUUGAUCGGAUGUUUCUGUGGACUUUUCUUCUGGUCUCAAUCAUUGGGACUCUAGGGCUUUUUGUUCCUGUCAUUUAUAAAUGGGCCAAUAUAAUAGUCCCAGUUCACAUUGGAAAUACAAUUAAGUGAAAUCAAGAAUUUACACUGUGAACUGAGUUAGCAGUCAUGCAUCUCUUAGGGCAUGCAUGCAAGUAUGAAAAGGUGACAUUAUUUACCCCGUAACAGAUUAGUAACUUCUAACCUUGACUCACUGUUGCCCACUAG